AUGGAGGGCCUCUUGACUGCGGUGAAAACCGUGAAGCGGGAUAAUGAUUCCCCCUUGGUCGCCUCUGAGUCGCUAGAUUUCCAUGAUGAUCGAUCAAAAAGGCCCGCACUUAAGUUUGACCAUGAUAUAUCAGCGGCGGAAGUCAUGAAUGCACUCAAGUCCCACCCUUCUCAGGAAGAGGUCGCGGCGACUUUGUCUGCACUGGAUCCAUUCAAUGCAUCUAGAAAGAUUCAAAAUAUCGAUAUUCGAGUUCCGAGUCCAACAACAGCCCAGAUCCUUCAGCUGUUAGUCAACACCACUGUGCUGGACCAUUGGGCAUCACUGAAUUCAAAAGAGAAGCGACCGAAAGAUAUAAAGACCCGUGCUGCCUUGUUAAGAUGUCUGAGCAGUGUUGCUGGUAUUGGCUCUCUCAUAGCCCAGCUCCGUUCGUCAAUCGCAACCGCCCGAACCACGGCCAAGCAGGCGGAAGGAUCGAAUAGCUCCAUCGUCAUUCGAGAUCUGCUCUCUGUCAUUGCAGCUCUUUUAGAGCCAACAGAUUUUCUGUACCGUCUCUACGUAGACACUUCAUCUCUCUAUGGAAAUCAGACUCGACAGCAAGUUGCAUGGAAAGAGCUUGUCGGACUUGCAGCUGCUGGGAAAAUUCUCUCAACGGCCGCGGAAGCUCUCGCUGUUUCCAAGGAUGUUGAAGCCCCAUCAUCAAUCACCUGGAUCGGUGAUGGUCCUCAGUAUGCCUCAUGGCUGGGCAAAAACAUUGCACACGUGGUUUCGAAGCUCAACGCAGAUAAUGUCGGAGAUUGGAGCUCCGCUGCUUUCCUCAUGGGAAGAGCUCUGAGCUUGGGGUAUUCUGAUCAGUUAGUUCGAGAGAUUUACUCGAAUCUACUUGUUGAUCAUACGGCCGCAGUGCAAUUUGGUCUCCUGCUUGAUAGUCUCAGACAGCCAGAGCAAAUAUCCACGAUUGAAGCUGUUUUCCGCGAUAUUCAAAAAGUUUACUUUUCCGAUGACCUCACUGGCACAUCUAAUUCACCUGUCAGGUCUGAUGAUAUCAUUGCAGGCGUGUCCGCACUUUGUUGGGCGAUUCUGGGUGGCCGUCCCUUCUUGCAGAGCCAAAUCUCGGAAUGGCUUUCCAAAAGCCAAGGAGGCUCAAUUCAGACGAUCGGUUUACGUCGAGCUCUUUUGGCCACAUACACUGAUCGAAAUGAUGAGCUCGGCUCUUUGCUCUUGCGCAGUCUAGAGCAAUUUGGGGACAAAUUUUCUAUUAAACAUCUUCCAACCAUCACACAAAACGCAAAUGCCCAAACCAUUCUUCUGGCAGCAGGCCGCCUGAAACGCCUCGAUUCAACCCAAUUGAACAGCGCAGGACGGACAGCAGCCUUCCUCAAUGCAGUCUCCAAUCGGAUCGCAGCAUCUUCUACUCGAGCCCGGCUUCUGGGCAUGAUUGUUGGCAAUGGAAUGUCAGAACUUAUUGAAGAGCCCGGCAAAGCGAUGAAGUUCGACCUUGAAGAAAUGCAGAGCGAAGAAGCACUGUUUUAUUUGAGUCUCGUCAAAGUUUACGAUGAGCUUGGGACGGCCGAGUCUAUCAAAUCAUUGCAGUCAAAGCGACCGAAAGCUCCACAACCUACUCAAGAAGCUCGAUCGAGCCAAUCCAAGAAGUCAAACGCACGGUCUAGCCGUCCACAAACGAGCAAGAUUGUCGCCAUCGAGGAAAUUGAGGAUAGCGGCGAUGAAACAGAAGAAGACUUGGAUCUCAUUCCAUAUGAGAAACCGGACGAUGACGCAUCGGAUGAUGAUGAGGAUCCUACUCUUGUCCAACGAAAUAAGCCAACAGCGCCUGUGUACAUCCGUGACUUGAUCACAUAUCUUCGAGACACUGAGAACGUGGAGCGUUAUCAACUGGCCAUAACAAGUGCUCCUUCUCUAAUCCGACGAAAGAUAGGAUUCGGUACUGAGCUUGCAGAGCAAGUUGAAGAAUUGGCUCUCACCGUUGUGGGCCUUCAAAAUGAUAACAAUCACCCGCAGUUCCACGAGUCUCGUCUCCAGAGCAUGAUUGCACUGAUCGUCUCGCAGCCCCUGAAGAUGGGCCGCUGGUUUACAUCGAUGUUCUUUGAUGGUGACAUCUCUCAAGCUCAGCGUUCCGCUGUCCUUACAGCCUUGGGCUUAAGUGCUCGUGAAAUUGCUGGGAAUGGUGAGGCUGAUGCUAAAGCAUUGGGUCUACCAGAUUUGAAGGAUACAUCUUUUCCAUCCAAGCGACUUUCUACUGCAAUGGAGGCGAUGUUCCUUGGUUCUACCGGUGCCAACGAUUCACCUAUUGCAACACUGACUAGAGAGCUGUCGCGCACAUCACUCCAGCCAUUGGCAGCUGAUGCGGCGGAUUCGCUUACUGGUCCCAACGCUCUGAAAGUUCGCACUUUCUCAUCACGCAUGGAAGUCGAGAAGAAGCGUAAACAGCGUGAAGAUGAAAGGCAAAAGUCCACGAUCAAGGAUCUGUACAAAGUGCUUGCAGAAGGAUUCUACUACCCGCUGCAAGGCCGGUUCGAGAUCAUGAUGCUGCAGUUCUCCUCAUCAUCUGCACCUUCCUACAACCCUUUCUUCGUUCCGCACAUUCUCACUCUCUUCCUCCAGACACUCUCUCUCACUCUCUCGACGUCUGGGCCCCAUACGCCUUACCUACCUGCUCUCACUCAAGCCACACUUUCCUUACUACUGUCGCUGCAUACACGCGAAGUAUCAAGUGAACCAACUGUCACAGCGGCAUUGUUAAAUCUCUUCCUGGCACUGGUCGACUUGAACAUUUCCUCAGGCUCAAAUGGCGAAGAGCGACUCGUCACAGAGCAUGCGAAUCAAGUCAUUGAGCUGCGCGAGUGGGCAUCGGGUGUCUUUGACCGGACGUCAGCCGGAAAAGCAAACGCAGGUGCCUCCAAAGAUCCGCAAGAUCAAGUGCGCACUCUAGCUGCUGGAGUGAUGGUGCGGCUCGGGGAGGUGAUUGAACGGUACCAGGGUCGGUUGAUGGGAAUCAAUUCCGGCUUCAAAUAUUAG